UGAAGAAGCUGUGGUGCAUGUAAUUACAUAACCUAGGAUUAUUUUCCUUGUCAGAAAAUACCCUUGUUCCAAAUCAACCUACCUUCUGAUCUUUCUCUGCAGACACCACAUACAUAUAACAAACGGAUGAACAAUUUUACGCGGUCAUCGGAGAGAAUUAUGCCUAUGAAUGGUAUUCGUGCUGAGGAGAAAUUGACAAAGAUAGCAGGGGAAUCAGGGCCUGCAUCUCCAAAGCAUAAGGUGAAGUUUUUGUGCAGCUAUGGUGGCAAGAUUCUGCCUAGACCUUUCGAUAACCACCUCAAAUAUGUCGGUGGCGAGACUCGUGUCAUCUCUAUUUCGCAUGACAGUAGCUUUUCCGAACUUAUGAAGAAGCUUGCCAGCUUAGUCGAAGGUGACAUGAUUCUCAAGUACCAACUCCUCCCUGAAGAAUUUGAUAUCCUGGUUUCUGUGAAAUCUGAUGAAGAUAUUCGCCACAUGUUUGAAGAAUGUGAGCGCCAUUCUACUGGUGGAACGCCAAGGCUCCGAGCAUUCUUGUUCCCUGCCAAUCCAACCAUCAUUGAAAAUCGCAGCAUGGAGCCACAAGCACUGGAGCAACGCUACAUUGAUGCAAUAAAUGGCAUCGUCCGUGCACCAACACCUGUAAAGCCUGUGCCACUGAUAACAAACUUCUCAUCAUUCAGCAUCGCCUCUCCUUGCUCUUCCCCGAGGUCACCUGACAGUUACACAACUGAAACUAUCCGGCCAAUGCCAGUGCCAAGUGGUAGGCCGCUAAUGACUAGAGUCCAUAGUUCUCCCAGCAUUAGCAACAUGUCCACUCUUAGCCAAAAUCUAGUUAAUCCUCGACAACCUACCCAAAACCAGCACCACCAUCACUAUAAGCCCACGGCAAUGGCACCACAAUUUUCACACCCGCAUCUCCACCACCAGCAGUACAACCAGACAAGUUAUUUGCAACCAACAAAACCUCCUGUAGAUGCUCCACGAAGCGGUCAAGUCCCAGAAAGGUUCAGUAAAGUGAGAUCAAUGGGAAGAGCAGAAACAUCAAGGUACCAUAUGGAUAACGUGCAAAACCACUACUACUCUACGAUCAGACAACAUAGAGGAAAUAUGAAUAGCAGCAAAUACAUAUACGACGAUUAUGUUGGUGGUUACGGGGAAGGUAGAACUGAUACUCUUUCUAUAAGUCCACAUUCAAGAAGCCCUAGCCAAGGCUUGCUUGGAACGAAGACAUGGGAUAGUGCUCUGUAAAUAACAGGUUUGGUAUUACUGAACUUCAAAAACUUGUAUAGUUUCAGAGUCCCUGAUCCACAUAGUUGAGAUUUGUAGAGCUACUACUGCAUAAAACCUCAAGCACCUAAAUCAAUAGGCCUUCUGCUAUGAUAUUUUGUUCUG